AGUUUCAUAUUAUUUAUUUUGAUUAUUUAUCUCUGUUUUUCAUCUAAUGUUGUUACAUACUUUAUCUAAAAGACGAACAAUUUGGGUAAAAAACCAAGUAAAAAAACUGAGUUAUUUUCAAUUUUCCUAAUGAAAGUAAUUAAUCUUUGACUGCUAUGCUACUGUGCAUGUUGUACAGUGUGAAAUCUUCGAAAGACUUCAUAACACUAUCAGAAAAUAUCAAAAAUAUUCAAAAAAACAUACAGAAAGAAAAACUAAUAGUUGAGUAUUGUGAUUUAUCAAUCAUUAAUUAGGCUGACUGCAAAAAAUUAAAUACGUUCCAAUUACUUAUCAAUAGCAAAAGUUUGUUGUUAUAAUGGCUAAAGGAAAGAAAUCGAAAAAACAAGAUGAUAACUGGGACGAUGAUGAAACAGUUCAAGAAGCUGACAAUAAAAAAACAGAAGAAAAUGAAAAUGCUCACAAAAAAAAAGAUAAAAAGAAGAAAGGAAAAUCAAUUGAAAGAGAUGAUGAUGAAGAACCAAAAAUUGUAGAUAGUAACAAAAAUGCGGAUGAUGAUGAUGUCCUGAUUUCAAAAAAAGAGAAGAAAAAGAAAAAAGGAAGACAUAUUGAACAGGAUGAUGAUGAAAUAAUGGAAGAAAUUGACAACAAAAAAGUAGCAGAGAAUGAAAAUGCCCCCAAGAAUAAAAAAGAUAAAAAGAAGAAAGGAAAACUAAUUGAAAGGGAAGAUGAUGAAGACCUAAAAAAAGUUGUUAAUGAAGAUAUUUUGAAUUCGAAAAACAAGAAAAAGAAAAAUAAAGAAAAAUAUAUCGAUGACGAUGAUGAAGAAAAUGAAGAAACAGUUAAACCAACUCAUAAAUCAGGUUUUAGUGCUCUUAUGAUAGAUGACAAUGAGGAUGAUACCAAUGAUGAUAAUCUUUCUUCUCAUGAAGCAGAGGAAGUCAUAAAGGAAGUUAAAUCGAGAAAAAAAGGGAAAAAAAAAAAGGAAUCUGCAGAAGACAAUGAUUUAGCAGAAAUAUUGUCUAAUUUAGAGGUUUCUGACCAAAAUAAAAAAGCAAAAACAAAAAAGAAUAAGAAGAAAAAAGAAGAAGAUAUUGAAAGUGCUUACGAUGAAGUCAAUGAUAUGUCUAUUGAACCAGAAAAACAAGUUGAAGCAGUAGCAUCAGUUAAACCACAAGUUAAAACAGAAGCACCUAAUAAGCAAGAAACUGCUAAAGCUGUAGAUAAUACAAAUGAUGAAAUAAAAAUUAAGUCUGCAGCUGAAAAAAAAGCUGAAAAAAAAGAGAGAGACAAGAAAAAAAAGGAAAAAGAAAAACAAAAAGCUGCUCAGCAAAAGAAAAAAGAGGAGAUGAAUCAAUCUCAAAUACCUAAAGCUGAAGAUACACAGGUUGAAGUGUCUAAAGAAGUGCCAAAAGAAGAAAUUAAGAAAGUAACAAUAGAAGUGUCUAAUGAAACCCAAAAAGAUGGCGAGGAAGAGAGUGGCGAUGAAACGCUUGAUUCAAAGGAUAAAAAAAAGAAGAAGAAAAAAAAAAAGAAAGAAGAAGAUGACAAAGCUAAAAAGAUUAAAAAGCCUGGAAAAUCAACGAUUUUAGCUAUGCAAGAAGCAUUAGAGCAAGUUAAAAAAGAAGAAGAACGGCUUAAGGCAGAAGCUGAAGCUAAAGCAAGAGCAAUUGAAAAAGCAGAAGAAGAAAGGCUUGAAAAAAUACGACUUGAAAAAGAAAAAAAAGAAAGGAAAAAGCAAAGAGAAAAGGAAAGAAAGGAGCAACUAAGGAGAGAAGGUAAACUUUUGACUCCUGCACAAAAAGAAAAACGAAGAAAAGCUGAAGCUAUGAUGGAAUUAAUGAAGCAAAAAGGUAUAGUAUUCCCAAAGAAAGAAGAUGUUGAAAAAUCAAAGAAUGAAAGUACUGAGAUAGAAAAACCAAAGAAAGUUAUGUAUGGUAAGAAAAAAAAGCCUCAAGUAAAAAAAGUUGAUACUGAUGUCAAUGAUACAAAAUCUGAAAUCACUGUGGAACAAAAAGAAGAAGUUGUUGAUAAAGUUAAAGAAGUUAAUUCAGUGACUGUUGAUUCUUGGGAUGAGACUCAACCUAGCAUUAAAUCUGAUUGGGCUGAAGAUCUUGACGUUAAGCCAGUUAUUAUUGCAGAGCCUAAAUCAGAACCAAAAGAAAACAAAGAAGUUCUUACCACCCAAAUAUCUGAGAGUAAAGAAUCAGAUGAUGAUGAUGAUGAAUCUGAUGAAGAGAGUGAUGAGAGUGAAAGUGACUCUGAGGAAGAUAGCGAUAGUGAAGAUGAUACCUCAAGUGAUGAAGAAAUAAAGCUUACUCCUGCCAUGAUCAGACAACAGACUAGGGAACAAAUUCAAAAAAGAAGAUUAGCAAAUGAAGCCAGGCGUUCUCCUGAUAAACUUCGGGCACCUGUUAUUUGUGUUCUUGGUCAUGUUGAUACUGGAAAAACAAAAAUAUUAGACAAAAUUCGGCGAACAAAUGUGCAAGAUGGAGAAGCUGGGGGAAUCACUCAACAAAUUGGUGCAACUAAUAUACCUCUAGCUAAUAUACAAGAACAAACUAAAAUGGUUAAAGAAUUCCAGAAGUUAGAAAUGAAAAUUCCAGGUCUCCUUGUUAUAGAUACACCAGGACAUGAGUCAUUUAGCAAUCUUCGCUCUCGUGGUUCAAAUUUAUGCGACAUGGCCAUUUUAGUUGUUGAUCUUAUGCAUGGGUUGGAACAGCAAACAAUUGAAUCCAUAAAUUUGCUCAAGUCAAAAAAAACACCUUUUGUUGUAGCACUUAAUAAAAUUGAUCGUGUUUAUGAAUGGAAAAAAUCUCCACAGACUCAAGUAGAAGAUACUAUUAAAAUGCAAAAAAAAGUAACAGUUGAUGCAUUUAAUGAGUUGCUGAACUUAGUAAUAAGACAAUUUGCAGAACAAGGUUUAAAUGCAGCUUUACAUUUCAAAAACCCUGAUGAAAAGUCCUACAUAUCACUUGUACCUACAUCAGCUCACAGUGGUGAUGGGAUGGGUGAUUUAUUAGCACUUAUAUGCCGUUUAACGCAAUCAAGACUUGCCAAAAAAUUGUCAUUUUCUGAAGAGUUAGAAAGUACAGUAAUGGAAGUAAAAGCAUUACCAGGUCUUGGUACAACUAUUGAUGUAAUUUUGGUAAAUGGAAAACUUAAAGAGGGUGACACAAUAGUUACUGGAGGUAUUGAAGGUGCUAUUGUCACACAAAUCAGAUCAAUUUUAACACCUCAACCAAUGAGAGAACUUCGCGUAAAAGGUCAAUAUAUUCAUCAUCAAGAAAUUGAAGCAGCACAAGGAGUUAAACUGUGUGCUAAAGAUUUGGAAAAGGUUUUAGCAGGUUCACCAUUGUAUGUUGCACAAAGCCUUGAUGAAGUUGAUGUUUUAAAAGAAGAUGUUGAUAACUUUGUUUCCUCAAGCUUAAAGGCUAUCAAUGUGUCUGAGCGAGGUGUUUAUGUGCAAGCUUCAACACUAGGUUCACUUGAAGCUUUACUAGAGUUUUUAAAAACUUCCAAAAUUCCUUAUUGUGGAGUAAACAUUGGACCAGUUCACAAAAAAGACAUAAUGCGAUGUUCUGUUAUGUUAGAACAUGAACCAAUGUACGCUGUUAUUCUUGCAUUUGAUGUUAAAAUUGAAAAAGAUGUUCAAGAAUUUGCUGAUAGAGAGGGCGUGCGGAUAUUUUCGGCAGAAAUUAUUUACCAUCUUUUUGAUCAAUUUACUGCUUAUUGUGAGGAUUACAAGACAAAGAAACGUGACGAGUUUAAGCAUCUUGCUGUGUAUCCUGUUAAACUUAGAAUCAUGCCUCAACAUAUUUUUAACACAAGAGACCCGAUAGUAUUUGGGGUUGUUGUGGAAGGCGGAACUCUACGUCUUGGAACGCCGAUAGUAGUACCUAGUCAAAACAAUUUAAUGAUUGGUUUUGUGACUGGAAUUGAAGCCAAUCAUAAACAACAGGAAAAGGCAGCUACUGGUCAAGAAGUUUGUGUAAAAAUUGAUGCUGUUCCAGGAGAGGCUCCUAAGCUAUAUGGACGUCAUUUCACUCAUGAAGAUUUGCUAGUUAGUAAGAUUACUCGCGAUUCAAUUGAUGUAAUGAAGCAAUACUUCCGUGAAGAUAUGCAGAAGUCCGAUUGGCAACUAGUUAUAGAAUUAAAAAAGCUUUUGGAAAUAGUUUAAGGAAAUUCUUCAUCUUGUGAUUUUUUUGACUCAUACAGGCAGUCAGCUUUUUUGGAAUAAAUAAACCCAAAUAAAUAUUUAAAUAAAUUCAAAUAGUCAAGUA